AUGAUUCGUAAAGAAGUUGGAGAUAAAGUCUUUUGUAUUCUUGUUGAUGAAGCACAAGAUAUAUCUAAACAAGAGCAAAUGGCCAUUAUCUUGAGGUUUGUGAAUAAUCAUGGGAUUUUGACAGAAAGAAUUUUUGCCAUCAAAAGUGUUAGUGACACUACUUCAUUGAAUCUGAAAAAUGAAAUAUCAAAUGUUCUUAUACAUUAUGACUUACAAGUUAAGAAAAUUAGAGGUCAAGGAUAUGAUGGUGCUAGCAAUAUGCGUGGCGCAUGGAAUGGACUUCUAGCAUUAUUUCUCAGAGAUUGUCCUUAUGCAUAUUAUAUCCACUGCUUUGCUCAUCGACUACAACUAACAUUGGUUUCUGCAGCCAAAGAUGUCAGCGUUAUUUGGGAAUUCUUUUCUCAUUUGGACAAUAUUGUCACUUCUUCUACUAAGCAUAUUGUUGAGUUACGUAUUGCACAAAGAAAUGAAAUUGAACAUAUGUUGGCAAUUGGAAAACGUGAUUCCGAAAGUGGGUCCAAUCAGAUUGGUAGUUUGCAACGGGCAGGAGCUACUCGUUGGAGUUCUCACUAUGACUCAGUAAAAAGCUUGAUAGGUAUGUACGCUGCAACUUGCAAAGUUUUUGAAGUUCUUAGUGACUAUUCUCCAAAUGCAAGAGCUAAGGCUGAAGUUCGGGGAAUUUACAAAAACAUGACAAGCUUUGAAUUUGUGUUCAUUUUGCACUUAAUGCAUAAAAUUAUGAGAACAACAGAUACUCUUUGUCAAAUUCUUCAAAGAAAAUCUCAAGAUAUUUUGACUGCUAUUACAUUUGUCUCUACUACCAAAACUAUCCUUCAAGAACUUAGAGAAUGUGGUUGGGAAGAAUUUCUUCAUGAAGUGAAAGUUUUUUGA